UGUAACAUGGUCUCUUUCUUACCUUUUGAAGUCUUACAAAAUAUAUCUCGGUUUAUAGACACAAGAGACAAGCUAGCCUGCCUCACAGUAUGUCGUGCUUGGUAUCGACCUACUUUUGAAUCACUUUACACACACGUCCACUUGACUUCACUCCUGUCCUUCCGUACCUUUCUUUAUAUCGUUGCUCAUCACGAUCUUAUGCCAGGUGUUCAUGUUAAAAAGCUCUGUCUUUAUAACCAUAAUGAUGUUGGCUUUCAAAGCAGACCUCUCACUGUAACUGAACUCGAGGUAUUGGCGCGCUAUUGCUUUAAUUUAAACAGUUUUUUAUUUCGAGACAUAUGGGUGUGGUAUUGCCUUGAUCAGCUUGAUUUGACAGCAAUAUGGCCGAGAUUGCAUCGAUUGCCUGUAGCAAGAUACAACCGAGUUGCAUUUAAAGUAUUUCAGAAACUAGGUGAUCGCUUAACAGAUGUCUAUAUCAACUGUGCUGCGAUACCUUUUGAUGGCAUUGCACGCUUAUUAAGCAGCAUGACACAGCUAAAGACGAUAUCCAUUCAUGAUAGAUCAUUGAAACUAGAUUUAGAGGCACUAGACGAUAUACACAGAGCAGCACCAAAUGUAAAGCACCUGGAUCUACAGACACAGAUGCAACCACUCGAUCAACCUCUUACAAAGAGAUAUGCAACACUCUAUUCACUUCAAUGCUCCAUUUAUCAUUCAGACUCAGCAUGGUUUGAUAUUAUCAAAUCAAGGUACAAUGUACUCGACAUGCUUUCGUUGAACGUACUGAGGAAUUUCGUACAAGAUAUUCCUUCAACAGAACAAGCCAUGGAAUGUAUUGAUGCUAUUUUUGACUUGGUUAAGCACACAACAAUUCAACAAUUGGAUAUUCAUGUGCGUCAUCCAUACGAACUAUCGUUUAUCGAAAGUUAUGCACUCGAACUUGUCUAUUCUUAUGCCAUUCUUUAUACUGACCAUACCUACACCAUAUCGAUUGAUUUCAAGUACUUUGACUGGAUAGACUACACACUUUCAGACACAAACUAUAUUGUAAGAGAGAUCCCAGAAGUACUUUAUUCUUCAACUUUGAUGCGCAACAAGACAAUACAUCAUACACUUGGAUUUGAGUUCGGUAUUGGAAAAGACUAUGAAUUUAAUGAAAUGCAUGUCUUGAAUACUUGGAUCACAAAACCUGUGAAUGAUCAUGUCACUUUUUUAUCUUUGGAACGACAAAUACGCAAUACAAACUAUACAGGCAAAAAGUGUCCAUUGUAUCUUGAUUCUGUAUUAGCUCAUUUUCCUCGGUUGAUCUCACUUUCUUAUGCACGAACUAUCAAAUUUAAAAAGGGAAUCAAUGCGCCUGACCGUGCUGCAGUUACCUUGCUGGAUAGAAAAGACACUUCAAAGCAUCAAUCACUUCGUUACCUCAGUUUUAGAAAUGUUCAAAUUGACCGAUAUAUAUACCAAUAUGUGUUUCAACAUUGCCCUCAUCUAUCAAGACUUGAAAUGGAAGACUGUAAUCUAGAGGCAGAGAUUGUAUUAGCAUUGGAAUACUAUUGCUUAGAACACAAUGUUGCAUUAAUCAUAAAAUAAACGCAUGAAGUGUCGUAUCGGAAUAGGCUCGGACCGGACAUUGGUUUCAUUAAUGAACCAAGGAGUAUAUCAAACCAAAGCAAGUCUGCAACAAGAUGGAUUCCCUCCUCUUUGAAUUCUUUCAAAUUAGUUUUAUCAAAUGGCUGACUCUGCACCGGCCGAUAGUAAGUCGCAUCAACACAACAUCACCGAAUCUCACCAUUUAUAGGACGU